AAUUUCCUAGCACACGUGGUUUUCCACCGUCCACUUGUAACGAACCAAUUGGAGAAGUAUAUACCAAUGAGAACGCAGAUCUGAAGCUCUAAAGUCAAUUGCGUAGUACUAGAACUGUGCCCACUCCGACAAGCGAUAUCUAUGGUCGCACUACAGACAACCUCACUUGAAAGUCGGAAUUACCAUCCUACCCCGCUCUUUCCUAAUUCCAGAAUCACCCCUGCCCGCUUUCCCCCUCAAAAGCUCUAUCACGUGAAAGAUGGAGGAAGCUCCGCCACCGGCGGAUCGAGUAACGGAGCGAAGUACAGGCUUAUGUCUCCGGCGAAGCUCCCGAUCUCCAGGUCCACUAGUAUUACUAUUCCUCCAGGCCUCAGUCCGACGUCUUUCCUUGAAUCCCCUGUCCUUCUUUCCAACAUUAAGGUGACUUUUUUCACGCAAGAAAUUGCUUUAUUUGUUUUACUUAUUCUGUGCUUUAUGGAAAAUUUACACUAAUGGUAAUAAUUUAGUGGCUUAAAUGAUUCAGAAUCGGAUCUCGUACCUAAUUUAUGUGGAAAUGCAGUGUUUCGUUGCUGAAUAAAGCUAAAAGAGUUGGGGAAGUAAUAUGCCAACACUAGGUUAAUUAAGUAAUCACAGCUAAUAGUUUUAACUCGUCUCGUUGUGCGAAUCUCAAUUUUGUGAAAAUUGCAGAUGUUCAAUUUUUAUGGUAUUGAAUAACCAAAUAUGAUUUUGUGUGUUUUUGAGGUCAGAGUGUCUGUAGUGGGGAAUUUAUUGUUGCGUGGGCGACCUCCAUUAUCGAUUUGAUGUUCGGUUCUUUUUCGGCAUAUUGCAGUUUAGUGCAUUAUUUUUUCUUCUGAGUGCUCAUUUGGAG